AUGGAAGCUACAACGAUAACAACACCCACAAAACCCCUGCUCCCCUGGUACCGCCGGCUAAACCAGAUGAAGGGACUCCUCCUCGCCCUCGUUUCCAUGGCUCAGAUGCUGGAUAUUAUCAACGUCGCCAGUGUGACGAUUACUCUUCCUGACAUCCUAGUGGAGGUCGGCUACUCGAUUGACCAGUUGCAGUGGGUCACCUCAGCCUAUGCCUUGGCGUAUGGCGCCUUCCUCUUGGUUGGUGGUCGAUUUGGUGACUUGUUUGGCCAUCGUCGUAUCUACAUCCUCGGAGUCACUUGGUUCUCGAUCUGGGCUGUCGUCAAUGGUUUCGCCAAGGACCCCAUCAUCAUGUCCGUCGGUCGUGCCCUCCAAGGAAUGGGUGCUGGGUUCACGGUUCCUAGUGCCUUGGCCAUCUUGACUACUACAUAUCCUGUUGGUCCUGAGCGCACUUUCGCGCUGGCUGUGUUUGGAGGCACUGGUGCCGUUGGGUCUGUUAUUGGUGUCUUGCUCGGUGGUAUUCUUGGAUCUACCAUUGGCUGGAGAUGGAUUUUCUACUUCACUGCCAUGCUCGGUUUCGUCAUGGCCAUCCUCGGUGUCGUGGUCAUCCCCGCCGAGAAGGGUGUGUCCAAGAUCGAAGACCGUCGCAUCGACAUUUUUGGAGUCGGUGCCUUCUGCGGCGGUAUUGUCUGUGUCAUCUUUUACCUUAGCGAGUCUCCCGCCAGCGGUUGGACCUCUGCAAAGACCUUGGCUCCUCUGAUUGUCGGUCUGGCCCUUCUUGUCUCCUUUGUCGUGAUCGAGUACAAGAUCGACUACCCGAUCAUGCCCCUCCACAUCUGGAAGUCGCAGCGUCUUGUCGCGUCCUGCUUGAUUAUUGUCUGCGUCUCGGCCGCCAUGAACGCCAUGAUCUACUUCUCCUCGCUCCUUUUCCAAAACGUCCUGGGUUACACUCCUCUAAAGACUUCUUUGGCAUAUAUUGUUCAUGGUGUGGGGGCUAUCGUCGCAAUUGUGAUCAUCACCCAGAUUGUGGCCAAGGUCCGCACCAAGAUUAUUACCAUUGUCGGUUGGUUUUUCUUUAUCGCCUCGGGUAUCUUACUUGCUCAGGUCAAGGCCGACUCGUCGUACUGGUCGAUCCCCUUCCCUUCAUUGAUCUUGAACUUUAUGGGCAUGGCCCCCGUCUGGUUGUGCUGUCAGAUCAACUGCGUUGCUGAUGCUGAUGACGAGGAUCAAGGUGUCGUCGGUGCUGUAUACAACGUGGCCCUUCAAAUCGGUGCACCAAUCGGAAUCGCAAUCGCAAACAUCGUCGCGAACGGCAAGAACGGCCAACUGGCCGUGGGCGCCGAGCUCCUCCCCGGAUACCAAGCCGCGUUCUACACCUAUGCCAUCAUGGCCGGUGUCGGUCUGGUCGUCACCAUCAUCGUUGCAACCAACAGCGAUCCCGCCAAGAUGCACGAGACCACUGCUGAAGGUGUUGCUGCCACUGCUGCCGGCGCUGGAGAUGAAGAGAUUGGACAUGCGGAGAGCAUUGACCAGAUCACGACGGAGAUGAAGGAGUCAUCAGGUGUUGUAAGUGCGGGCGCAACGAUCUUCCCGGGCUCGUCUUCGACGUCUGUGGUGGGCGGUGAGAAGGAGGAGUUGAAGAUGUAG